CAGCAUGGACUGAUCAUGGAUUCCACAGUGCUGAUAUUUAUUAUAAAUGAAUCGAUGACUGAACGAACGAAUGAAUGAAUGAAUGAGUGAAUGAAUGAAUGAAUGAAUGAAUGAAACGAGCAGUAAUGUACCAGAAAGAACCUCGGGCAAUUUGGUGAACCAGAAAAAUUAACAGUCUGUAGCUAAAACUCGAUAUUCUGAGGAAAAGUGCCCCCACGUAUCCACGGCGCGUCUCCCUGUCCAGGUGGACAACACAUGUUAGAUGUGUGAUUUGUGUAUUUUCUCUCAAACAUUAAAAAUUUUGUAGAUCCACAGUGAUACCAAGUGCAGACAAAUGUACCGCUGGUAGUAUUCUUUCGUGUGGUCCACUGCUUGAGGCAAUCCACUUGCUUAUAACGUUCAGACGUUGUCAUACUUUGUAUGUAUCAGAAAGUUCGGUGUACACAAAAAGUCCUGAUAGUAUCAGAGCUUAUCCCGUGAUUGGGCAAGAUGCAGGUGGAAGCAGGCAUGUCAGACCUACAAGUGAAGUGUCAGGUGCACUGGACAUCGAAAAUUCAAACCACCAGAUUAAUCGACCAAUUGCUCGACCCAGUUGUUAAUCAAACCCCCCGUUACAAAGUGAAGCUGAUCAGCUGUAGGAAGUUACGCUGUUGCCUGUCGCAUAGAAAUAGACUAAAGCCAGCUGCGAGCACGACUGAACCGCACUUAGUUUGUUCACACCCGCGAACACAUUGCACACUCGCCAGUUUGACAACAAGGUCACAGCUUGAGCAGAAAGCUCCAAUCAGCUUUCGAACGAGGUCCAGUAGCGCGUGAGUUCGGCAGUUCGACGUGCUGUGCAUGUAGAAUAAACUGCACUGUGCACACAAACAAUCAACCACAGUCAUAAGCUACCCAACCAUUCGGCGUUGUUUGUUACUAUCGUCAUGCCUUUGACAGACGUUAAUCAAGUCACCGCCAGUCUAAAUACGCUGCAGCUCAGGGAAGUGCCUGCCUUGUCGUCAAACUCAGUGAAUCAUCUAACCCCCAGUAGACAAGCAAAAGCGGCCGUUAUGAGUGCCUCGACUGGCGUUCUCGGAAGGCAAGGGAAUCAGAAUGCGGCUGCUCUUCCUCCAGAGGAGGGAAUCGGUAAACCAAGAGAAAGUAUCAAAUACUCAAUCGUCCAAGAAAAUGGGCAACGGCGUUACGGUCCCCCACGUAAUUGGAGGGCAGAGCCACCUCCACGGGGGUGUGAAGUAUUUAUUGGAAAAAUACCGCGUGAUUGUUUUGAAGAAGAACUUAUUCCCGUGUUUGAACAAAUCGGCCCAAUCUAUAUGUUUCGUCUAAUGAUGGAAUUCAAUGGGACAAACAGAGGCUACGGGUUUUGUGUCUACACUAAUCGUGAAGAUACUAAAAAAGCUGUUCAAACACUGGACAAUUAUGAAAUUCGAAAAGGAAAAACAAUCGGCGUGUGUUUUAGUGUAGACAAUUGCAGACUGUUUGUUGGUGGAAUACCCAAAAACAAGACACGUGAAGAGAUCAUGGUUGAGAUGAGACGCGUCACCGAAGGCGUGAAGGAUGUUAUUUCCUAUCCCAGCGUGACUGACAAGUCAAAAAACCGUGGUUUCGCCUUCGUUGAGUAUGAAAGUCAUAAAGCGGCUGCAAUGGCACGAAGAAAGCUUAUGCCGGGAAAAAUCCAGCUAUGGAAUCAACAAAUCGCGGUUGACUGGGCUGAACCAGAAAGGGAAGUGAACGAGGAUAUCAUGUCGAAAGUGAAGAUAUUGUAUGUACGCAACCUGAUGUUGUCCACCACAGAAGAUGGUCUCCGGGAGCAUUUCGUCUGUGCAGCUGGUGGUGACCCCAACUGUAUUGAGAGGGUGAAGAAAAUCAGCGACUACGCGUUCAUUCAUUUUAAAGAAAGAGAACAAGCCGCCAGGUGUCUGGAGGCUCUAAAUGACACUCUGAUCGAUGGCUCAAAAAUUGAAGUAACUUGGGCCAAACCGGUAGACAAAACCGAAGCCAACGCUAGACAACAGUCGAACUCUGGUAAACUGUUGAACGAUUUGGCUUUGGGCAAAGAUAUCCGUGCCAAUAAUCCGCUUCUUUUGGAUCCACGAGCUAAUGCGGCAACCCUGGCGGCUGUUGGUGGUUUCAUGCCUCAUUUGGAUCCAGCAAUCUCAUUUUUAUUACCUCCUGUUGGACAACAACCGGUUGCUUCUGAUAUCUUAUCAAUUAAUCCGUCUGCAUUGAUUCCACCUGGAGCCGGCGUGAGUGUCGGAAGCCCUGGCGGACCAAGGCUGAAUGGCACACGAAUGGGUCGACGAAAUGCUGCAGGCAGUCGUAGCGCUGGCAUUCAACGAGAUCGGAAACAUCCGGUGGAGAAACUACAGCAACGGCAGCUGAAUCCAUUCAGUUAUUUCGAGAUAUUGGAAGAACAAAGUCGACUUGCUGGAUGGGGACCACCGAACUUUUCAGUUUUGCCGGUCGAGCUGGUUGACGGUGCGUCUGGCAAUAAAUUGCAGCUGUACAUUGGACAGGUUGCUUUACCGAACUUGGGAAUGCAGUGCCAGACUAACCGUUGCUAUGCUACACCAGAAGAAGCGAAACACGGUGCAUGCGAGGUGGCCUUGUCCUGCCUUCAGUUUAGUCAGCUGAUGUCUCUAGAUGACACAAUUUACACCCCAGUACGAGAGUCUACGUUUGCUUCUUGUGAGGGUUUACUGAGUGCAUCAUCACUAGUGCCCGCAACGACCCAAGCACUACAGGUACAGAUUCCUGUCGGUUCAGUCCCUACUUUGGCUGUUCCAGGGUCCCAAUUCAUGUUUAGUUCGGGCACCUACCCAAAUGUCCACACAACAGCAAUUACCACGCCAAUGACAUCUUCACCAAGUAACUUGAACACUGCCUCCGGUCAAGAGAGUGUUGAUACUUCAGGUCGGAGCGAAACCCAAGUAACUCCAACAAGUGUCGGGUCUACUGUGUUAUGUCCGUUUGGCACCACCAAUUCAGCAACCCAAUCCACCGGUCAAUUGGAAACAGUCAAUACACCCGGGCAGGACUUACCUUCUACGUCGGCAGCUUGCCGGAAUGUGGUCAGAUCACGUGGAUUGAUUUGCACCCAACCCACCACCUUGGUUGCUAUCCCCGGACUGACACCUAGCCCGGUGAUGUAUCCACCCUCAUCUGCUCAUGGUUUGGGAGCCUGUGCCGGGUUGUCUAUGUCACAAAAACUGAACAACCCAACACAGCAGCAAAUAGCAUGCGCCCAUUUGCAUACGGUGAAAUCAAUGCAAACUCCUCAACUAGCCACAAUACAGCCCAUCAACAUGCCUCAGUUACCAGCCUUGGCAGCAAAUUAUGCCCUGACUCUUGGUUCGAAUAUGAUGCAGUCAGGGACAACACUGUUGCCGAUCCAGAACGGGAAUAACGCACUGGGCCUUUUACAACCACAGACAAGCAAUCUGUCCCUGACGAAUGUUCCGGGGCAAACUAUCGGUCAGCAGGCUGUUGGUUUGCGCUCACCACCGGAGUGCGCGUCAGCACUGGCACUGAACGGAUUCGACUAUCCGUCAACUUUUAUCCCCGGAUCCAUUGCGGCUGCUGGACUAAUUGCUCCAUUCACUAAUUCACCAACCUACCUUUUGGAUCCUAACGGAAUAUCCGCUGGGCCCGCUCCAGCGAUGAUGGUCGGUACAGGGGGUAAUAUGCCCGGGCUUCAGUCGAUCGUAAGCUUGCCGCAGGCCCCUGUUAGUUGCUCCACGGAACUAGCACAAAACUCUUGCACCAUUUCCACAAGCCACUUGCAGCACACUGGGUUGUACAACCUUGGUCUACACACUCAAACCAUAUUGUCAAAUCCAUCGCAACCGAACGCAGCGACCCUCUCAAACAAUGCGAACUCCCUGCUUGGGCUACUUGGACAAACACAACCCUCUGUUACAAUUCCAAACGCAAACGUAACGCUUUCUAAUCAGCAGCCCAUGGCUAACCACUCUCUGCAAACUGGUCUUUCAGUUUCCACAUCUGUCUAGUCAUGUAACCCAACAUUUUAAGAUGGUCGGAGUGCAUGGAUAUUGGAUUUGUCCAUUGCCAUUUGUUUUAAUGUUAGUCCACUUCCAAUACACUGAUCGAAAGAUAGUCCGCCUGGCUAUUAGACUGUAAACCGGCCUUAUAAACCUAUCCACAGCCUCCUUGAAAGUUUUCACCUCAUAGUUUCUCUCUUUAUGUUCGGUUUGACCAAGCAAAAUUCUUUUUACUCCUUUUUAUUUGCUCGUAACAACUCAAACACAAGUAGUCACAUUUUCAUCUGAAAAUUCAAGGGUCCGAAAUGAGCCAACUGGUGUUCGCCUCCCCAGCCCCGCUUCAAAGCGUUAUCUGUGACGUGGUUAAACGUUUAUCUCAGAGCGCCAAAAACUAUCUUAUAGCCAGGAAGAAGAAAACCUACCAUUUCUCUGACCAGCGCUCUUUCUUCCUUCACUGACUUCGAUACUACGACUCCCACUGUAAACCGUCCAUCUUCCUGAUCCGUUGUUUUAUUUCUUACUUGUGUGCCAACUUGCCAUAAUCUUGUCAUCACACUAACUCAUAAGGGACCUUGUUCCAGCAGACUACUCUAGUGGAAACGAGUUGUUUUACAGUGUAUUACCCGAAACGAAAAGUGUUCACCGAGUAAUCAUUGUGACCAUAUUUUUGCCAUUUUUUCUUGUGAUGAGCUUAACCACUGGCUUGCCACUCAUUUUUCUCCAUCAAACACACGAAGGCACUUUUAUCCCGGUAUGCAAUUGUGGACACAUGCCAUCAUCCUCGUUUCAAUAACGAUAACCCUGUACAGUAUCUUAUGAGUAGUAGGGGCGAGAAACUAUUUCACCGGUGGAUUACUUGCAAACGACAUAUUUUUCCAUUUGGUCCCACAUGUUUUUCACGGAACGAGUGACAAACUGAUGACUAACUGAUUUUUCUCUCCAAUCAUUCUGUAUUAUUUGUGAUUUGUCAAUGGAGGGAAUGAUGCGACUGGUGUCGUUCACAAAUGAAUAUUGGGUGACGGCAACAACAGCAGCAGUAGCUGCUGCACUUGGAAGCUACUGUUGACGUGCACCUCUGUUUCCGUCUGCAAUGUGUCAAUUAAAAUCAGACCCUCCACUGAAGUCUAGUGCUCAUUAAAUUGCUCGUUAUGUACUUAUA